GCAUUAUACAGUUUUCGCUGCUGCAAGAUGAUAAGCAGCCUGCACUGGAACAUACUGGCGCGGAUUCUUCAUCACAAGUAAUCGAAACAUCUUCCCUUUAAUAACAGUAAUUUGUUACUUCACUUAAAAUCGUUGUGAGGCACAAUUACACUUAAAAAGACGUUGUCUCACAUCUUGUUUUGGCUGUAGUGCACCACCAAGCCAAGGAAAUUUCGUCAGUUGGGGAAACAAAAGGCGAAAUGUAAUGUAAAACGUGAACUAGCUGUCUGAAGGUGAGCCUGUCGGUUCGAACCCAGUAACGGCGCUGUUUAAAUAAAUAAAUAGCACUGUGUAAGAGUCAACCUAUAUAUUGCAGUUUUUCCGUUAUAACUCGCAGCAUGCCGUAUCAAGGAAAUGUCACACCGAAGAUAUAUCACAAACAGAGCAGACCAGUAAGCAAAGACUAAGCGAGUCUCAGAUCCUCCGUAAGAAUGGAACAAGGUUACGAAUCCUCUGACAGUGGAGUGUACGACAUAGUGGACAUCGCAUUCCCAUUUGAAUACCCCCGCCAGCCUGGCAAGGAUUACAGUGGCGGAGGUCCUCACCAAGAAGCGGGUGCCGGACAUUCAGGAUUCCUUCCCCCUGGCAUAAUCCCAGUGCCCCCGCCGUCGACCCAGCCUGAGGACGUGGUGCCAAUACGUGGAGUCUCUGGAGAAGAUGAAGAGUAUCCCAUGGGCAACCAGGAGCGUGGGAUAGCCCUCAUCUUGAACCAUAAAUUCUUUGAAGAAGACUCCCUUCAUAACAGAGCGUACACAGAGUUAGACAGAAACGCAUUGAUGCGUGCAUUCACAACACUCGGCUUCGAAGUGCGCUGUUUCGACGAUCUGACAUAUAGCCAAAUUCGCCAACAACUCAGACGAGUGGCAGAGGAGGACCACGUCAACUGCGUUGCAGUGGCUGUGCUUUCGCAUGGCGGGGCGAAUAAUGUGCUGUUUGCAAAAGACCAGGAGUAUCAUGUCAGUGAGCUGCUGGAACCUUUCAGCCCCGCUCAGUGCCCACGCCUUGUUGGGAAACCCAAACUCUUCUUCAUACAGGCGAGUAGGGUAUGUAUGGCUGUAACUUCAUCGACUCCGUUACGCCAUAAGGAGAAGACCUCAUAUCGUACUCCACCUGUGCAGGCGAGUGGGACAGAUUUCAAUGUAAAUCCGUUGUUGGAGUCAAGCUCAGUGACGAGGCGUAUUAGUCUUGCUCGGUGUCUGCGGAUGAGUAUGGAAAGGGAGGCUUCUGAGAGUGGUAUCUUCAGAGGCCCUGUUAAUACAUAUGGUGAUGUCCUCAUAUCGUACUCCACAUCUGAAGGUUCACUGUCAUACCGCAACCUACAAAAUGGUGCAUGGUAUGUGCAGACCCUGUGCGCCCAACUGGAGGCCCACGGCAGAACUAAGGACUUAGUGUCGCUGCUCACAGACGUGAACCGCAUCGUGAGCGAACAGUUUCGCUCGCACAUCCCUCAUAAUCCAGAGUUACAUAACAAGAUUCAGGAACCCUGCUUCACUUCUUCCUUGAAACGGCGAUUGUAUUUCCGGUAGAGUAAUCAUCCUGGACAGCCAAAGUUCCCAACCAGCCAAAGUUCCCAAUCAGCCACUACUUGCGUUUCCAGGCUCGUUACUGCAUUCAUUGGAAUCAACACCAAUGCAUUCACUGUACCAGAAGAUUAGUCAACCAGAUUCAACGUAGCCUACAAACAAUCUUCUUCUUCUCUUCUUUUGGCCAAUAGCAUGAUUUUUUGCAGAUCAUUAUUUCUAUUCUAUUGGCACUGAUCUUUCAGGAGCUUAACACUACAGUUUUGUUUCAUUGACCUUUACAGCCAUUAUUAUUAGGAUAUAUUUGCACUAUUGAAAGUAUGAGACUAAAGGUAAUACAACAUAAUAUGUAUCGAAAUAUGGCUGCACGUUCACAAUAUACAGAUAAAUACAUUGAAUAGUAAAUUAACUAGAGAUAUCAAAUGAAAAAUAUGGCAACUUGGGGCGUCAAAAGGAACAUUCAAUUUCUUCCUACAAGAAUCUCAUGUCAGAGAAAUUGACAUGAUUUUUUGCAGAUCAUUAUUUCUAUUCUAUUGGCACUGAUCUUUCAGGAGCUUAACACUACAGUUUUGUUUCAUUAACCUUUACAGCCAUUAUUAUUAGGAUAUAUUUGCACCAUUGAAAGUAUGAGACAACAUAAUAUGUAUCGAAAUAUGGCUGCACGUUCACAAUAUACAGAUAAAUACAUUGAAUAGUAAAUUCACUAGAGAUAUCAAAUGAAAAAUAUGGCAACUUGGGGCGUCAAAAGGAACAUUCAAUUUCUUCCUACAAGAAUCUCAUGUCAGAGAAAUUGACAUCCACGAUUUUAAUUUUCGUUGCUAGUAGCUGGCCGCAUUUCUGAUUUGGCACUGUGCCCCACUUUUUCAUUCAUAAAUUUUCCAUAUCAUAAAUGGACUAUCAUUGCACCUUAUUAAAUCUUUCCUCAUCUCACUGUAAAUAAUGAUAUGUAGUUUUUUUCUUUCUGUAAACAUCCUACAGUAAGAUUUCUUAGAAGUAACUUUGUGUAAUCCGUACCAAUCCUUACUAAUGUUAGCUCUUGUCUUUGAAAUUUCCUGUAAAGUACACUUGAACUGGACUGGAGAAUGUCUUAAUAAACAGCACAGCACAUCAGUAAAAGAUAUAGAAAAUUCUCAUUAAAUUAAAGAAUCAUAGAUGUGUAUACAGGGCAGAAUAACAAAUGCAUCAUGUCUACCUUCUCUUGAAAGUGCCUUGUGAAUGAAAACUUGAAGGUCAUUCUUCGAAUUCACCAGUGAUAUCUCUUACUAAAUGUGACAUGAUUUUAUAGAGAUUAUUCAAGUCCUUGAUCUACAUCAAAUAUCUGCUGUGGGUAUAUGAUAUACCGCAAUUUAUUUCGAUUUGUAAGCUUAUUUACUA